AUGGUGCUCGAAGUUCUACACCACGGCCGCGAUGAACUCAAUAUUUGGAUCAAGAGCCAAAGCUUUAUUUACGUCGUUGCCGACAUCCAACCCGGCUUCCGAUCCAGAACCAGCAACAAGCAGUCCAAAAAGCUCAACAUCCGGUCAGAGCCACGCCACAUGCGCAUCAUCGACAUCCCCGAAAAACUCCUGUCCAACAAAUCCCAAAAACAGAAAAGGCAGAGGAUGAAGAGCCGUUUGGGGGAAGGUUUGCAGCUCGUGCAAAAGUCUCCAAAGGGAACGCAGACAACAGCCAUGCUAGUAAGCCAUCCCUGGCGGCUUUUCCUACAUCGUCGACCAAAGGCGACAAGCGCGCGCCUCCAGAUACCGAGAACAACAGUUGCAGCGGCAUAUUUAGGCCAGACGCCCAUCGAUCGAAUCAGGAAGAGGUCAACGGAGUCGAAGGCGUCGUCAACUUCUCAACCUCACAAACCGCCAUUUCCACAAACCGCAACAGUACUCAUAUUCCGUAGCGGAAUUAUCGAAAGUGUAAAGAGACGGAAGUUGAGCAUUGGCCGACAUCAGUCCGGAUCUUAUAGCCAUAUUCUUUCGAGGGAUCAGCGUAAGCGCCUCGGACAAAAGACCAGCUCCUCUCAUUCCCGGCAUAGAGCCCCUUUGAAACCUCUGGGCAACAACUUCGGUUCUUUUACAAGGCUUGGUAGCAACCUGGAUAAGGAAAAGUCAAAGGAGGUUGCCAAGUCUAUCAGCAACACGCCAGCCACAGCAAGUGUUAAGGAGGCGAAAGAACUCCACCAAAUCAAAGGACAAGCUAAGGACGCAACAACAUCAAAACCGACAGAAGAGGAGGGGACCAGUUCACCCACCGGUACCGAGAACCAACAUCGCCGCUCGCCCAGCAACCCUGCCUAUAAGGCCAUCACCCCCUCUUCACCUCCCGGCUGCUCCUUCAGCUCCAGAUCCGAUUCCUGCUCUCGCCAUUGCUGCUCCUUCAUCUCCUCCCAAAAUCCCUCUUCCCGCGCAAUCCCUCUUCCCGCGCAAUCCCUCUUCCCCCCAACUGAGAUCAUCCUACAAUACGUGAUCAAACAAACCAGAAAACACCCAAUCUCUGAGUCCAAGUCCGUCCGCCACUACCCAUCGAAGGUGUACAUCUCCAAAGAAGAGGCCAACGAAAUCUGCCGACAACGGUUUCUGAAACUACUCAAGGAAGACACCCCCUUUCAAACCGUGGAUCAACGAUUUGCGAGCAACAAUCUUUUCAAGGGAAUGAUCAUUUACGAGGAUGAUGAGGCUCAGCAGUAUUAUGUGCAUGAGGAGGAGACCCUAGUGGGAGACUAUAGAGAAAAGGGAAUUAUUCCUAGAUGA